GUAAAAAAAGAACUACAAAUUUGUAAGGCGGUGUAAAUAAACAGUAAAUACAUAAAAAUCACUACAUAUAACGCAGUGAAUUAAGUACUUUUCAAAUCAUAAGUGGCAAAAUUCAUAAUACACACUAUGAAGCUUAUUACUCACAACAUGCUCACAUCAAAAUGCUUAAAAGGAGUACUUACAGGUUAUCCACUUGCCAUUAACGCUACGAAUAUAAAAGUAAAUGAAGUUGAUUUUAAUCCCGACUUCAUUUCUAGAAUUAUCCCUAAAUUAGAUUGGGAAGUUUUGUGGAAGGCAGCAGACAGUAUAGGUCAUAGUGAGGGCUUACCACAAACUGUUGAACGGAAUUAUGAAGAAGACAAGGAAUUCUUGAAGAAAGCACACAGAAUCCUAUUAGAAGUUGAAGUAGAGGAGGGAUAUUUGACUUGUCCAGAAUCAGGUCGACAAUUUCCUAUAACCAAAGGCAUCCCCAAUAUGUUAUUGACAGAAGCAGAAGUGCAAUAAUAAAAUAAUAUAAAUUAAAUAUAUUCAUAUUUUCAAAUCUAUCAUUAGUGUUACAACUUUGCGACCCUUAAAUUAGGUACAUCUUUAAGUAUGACAUUUCAACAUAGACUUGUUAUUGGUUUAAACUAUAAAUUACUUAAGUUAUUUUUGCAAUGUUAUUAUUACUGCGAUUAUUACUAGUUUUCAGUCCUAAACCAAUUUAAUAAGAAACAAUCACACAUUUAUUUAUUUAUUCUUUACUGAAUAACAUUUUAUAAUAUUGAUGUUUUCAAAUAAUUAAUUCUGUCUGUGGAAAACUAUAAUCAUUAAGUGAAGAUUAAGAAUUGCAUGAAAUUAGAGAUACAUAUUAGAAAUAGUGUUUUUUGUAUCAAAGCUAUUUUGUAAUCAUAAAUAUUCCUGUAAAAUCUUUAACUGCAAUCUAAAAAUUGUUUCUUUUUUUUGUUAAUGUUCAAAAUUUGUUUAAAUAGGAAUAAUAUAUUAAAAAUGCAAAAGAAUGUCCUAUUUCAUCUUGUUACUGUGAGUAAUAUAUAUUCUAGGUACUCCUAGUCAUUUACAUUUUUUUUAAAGGAUCGUCGUUCCAAAAAUAACUUUAUAUUUGCAACCAAAUUUUAAUUGUUGCCGUAGUAUUAUGAGUAAUUUUGAAAAAUUUUUUUUUAUAAAUUUCAAAAUACAACAUUAGGGCUAGCAAACUCGCAAACAUUUUUCAUGUAUUUGCUCAUGUUACAUAUUAAUAAUGAAUAAAGCCCAGAUUGAUCUAAGCUUUAAUCAUUAGUGAAUCAAUUUAGUCCAGUUAAUUUAAAGUCGCAAGGUUUUUGAUUUAUAACACUUUAAGACUUUUAAAAGGUACUAUAUUAUUAGCUUAUGUCUUUGCCUCUUGGAGAAAUAUUUACAGUACUUAUAAAAACAAAGAUAAUUGAUGAGUCAUGAGCAACAUAUAUAACACACCUUUGUUUUCUACAUUUUUAAAGUGUAUACUGACAAUGUAGAAGCAACAUAAUGGUGGAACAUUUUUCUGUCUUUUACAAUAUUCCUAAUCGAAAAAUUUUGUUCUGCUAUAUCAUUAAUAAAUGCCACAUGAGUAAAUCAUAAACAAAUUUUGCUUUGAUCCUCCCUAGCAAUUGAUUUUAAUUUCUAAAAUUAUUGUGUGUUAUUGUGUGUUGUGACUUGUGUACUGACUUACAAAAAAUGCAUCAUAUGAUAUGUAGUUGCCAUCUGUUAUAUAAUAAAAUUGUGAAAUAUUGUCA